AUGCCAUUGAUAUUCGCAGCUCCGCUGUCUGCUUUUCAGUCGCCACCGUCGCUCGUCAAUCCGCUCCGAGUUUUUAUGCUGGUGUCGAAUUCGUACCGUGAAUAUCCUCAGCUGUCAGGCAGCAACUCGUCAAAGAUUCGCCUUGUAUCGUGCUGCUGGCGUGCAAGGCCACUACAAACAUUGCCAUGCCGUCAGGGCAUGCGAGCACUACAUGAGCCGCAGAAAAAAUGGCGUGCAGCACGCAUCGCCUUCCUCGACAAGGAAAAGGCGCUGGUCAAGGCCCACGAAGAACUAGUUGCCGAGCGCCAGAUGCUACCUAUGGUACUUGUAACCAAGGAAUACACCUUCACUGGCCCUGAUGGUCCGCUGUCUCUCAAGGAUCUCUUUAGCGGGCACUCGCAGCUCAUCAUCUACCAUUACAUGUUCGAUCCGGCUUGGGAGGACGGGUGCGAUGGCUGCGCAUUUACGCUGGCCAACGCCCCUGACCCCCGUCACUUGGCCGAAAAGGAUACCGCGCUGGUCAUUGUGUCUCGCGCCUCCAUUAACAAGAUCACGCGCUGGAAAGCCAAGAACUUUUGGACCUUUCCUUGGGUGAGCAGCCUCGGAAGCGACUUCAACUAUGACUACCACGUUACCCUCGAUGAGAGUGUUGCGCCAAUCGAGUAUGGCUAUCGUACCAAAGCGGAGCUCGAGGCGGCAGGUGUGAAGGGCAUCAAAGGAGAGCAGCCCGGUCUCAAUGUGUUCAAGUUGGACGGAGAUCAUGUUUACCACACUUAUGGAACCUACAAUGCGAUUGACGCCAUCUCUGGCAUCAAUGGCUAUUUGGAGCUGACCCCAUCUGGACGUAACGAGGGCAAAAUCCCAGUCGCAUUCAAACUACCUUGGGAGCUUGCUGAAGGGGCUACAAAGCAGAAGAACAACUAUAGUUCCUUUUACUAUUCUCUUUUCCUUAAUUCAUAUUAUUCAUGUUAA